CGCAUCACCGCCAGCCCGAGAGCAGGGGGUACAAAAGGCGCCGCUGCGCUCUUGACAAACCACCUUUCCCGAGCGGCAGCAGAAACAUACAUCGGCAGGAGGUCGCAUCGCCAAAGCAACCAUGAAGCUCUUCGUCGCUGUCGCCCUCAUCUCCCUGGGCAUCCACGCUGAGGCUUUCUACCCUGGCCUUCUCGGCUCUGGUCUCUACGGCUCCGGCUUCGGCGGUGCUGGUCUGUACGGCGGAGGCUUCGGCUCUGGCCUCUACGGAGGUGGCCUUCUCGGCUCUGGUCUCUCUGGCCUCUACGGCGGUGGUCUCGGCUCUGGUCUUUCUGGCCUCUACGGCGGUGGUCUUCUGGGCUCUGGGCUUUCUGGCCUUUACGGCGGUGGACUAUUGGGCUCUGGUCUUUCUGGCCUCUACGGCACCGGCCUGGGCAGCACUCGUCUGCUCGGCCUGGGUGGUCUCGGCGGUUUGAGCGGUCUGAGCGGUCUCGGCUACCCUGGUCUUUUUGGUUCCCGCUACGGAGGAUUGCUGGGAGGCUUCGGUAGCCCACUUGGAGGUCUGAGCUCUCUCGGUGGCUGGAGCCCCUAUGGAAGCCUGAGCUCAUUCGGAGGCUUUGGAAGCCCCUUCGGUGGCUUUGGCAGUACCUUCGGCGGAUACGGCUCAUUUUCUGCUGGACUUGGAGCCCCGAGGAAAUUCCCCGGCGACCUCCGCCUCAUCACUGAGCCCACCUCCCGCCUUCCCCUUAACGAGGCUGUCUAUAUUGGUGUAGUGCGCCAGCGUCUGGUGCCGGCCCCCUACCCAGUCCCACGCCCAGUCCCAGUUCCACGCCCAGUCCCGGUCCCACAGCCAUUCCCAGUUGACGUACCAGUCCCACAACCAUUCCCAGUCCCAGUGCCAAAACCAGAGCCAAUCCACACCGUCACUGAAGUGACCAACACCGCAGUCGUCGAGCCUGUCACAACCGCAGCGAGCAUCCUAGACAAAGAAGCAUACGCGACCAUUGGGAGCCUGCAAUUAGCACAAAGUUAUAUUAGGAUAGCCUUGGGGCAGCCCAUCCUCGACCGGACUGACCUGGAGACUCAAUUGAGCCUCCUCGACCAGGUCCUUCGGAGACCACCUUACUCCGGCGACAGUCAAACACAUCCCUGCAGGAGGUCGCCUAACUGCGCCAACAUGAAGCUCUUCAGUGCUGUCGCACUCCUAUCCCUGGCCAUUCCGGCGUGCCUUGGUGCCGGCAUCAAGUCGAUCGUCACAGGCGGCGCUGCCCUUCCCGGAACAGUAGGCGCGGCUACCUUGAGUUCUCUACCCUCCGUCACUACUCUCACCGAUGGCGUGAGUGGCGUCGGCUCCACCCCGAGUGUGGUCAGUUCCGUGGUCAGCCCUAGCGUCUCCACGGUCGGCGGAGGCCUCACAGGUGGACUCACCAGCGGUUCCCUCGGAAGCUGGCCUGGAUCCUACAGUGGAGUUUUGGGCGGUCUCUCUGGUUCUUACCCUGGAUACCUCGGUGGGCUCGGUGGCGGCUACUGGGGAGGCUACCCGGGCUCUCUUGGUGGUUCUCUUGGCGGUUACUAUGGCUCUUAUCCUGGCUUCCUUGGUGGAUUCGGCCGCGGACUCUAUGGUAGUUAUCCCGGCUACUUCGGUGGAUCUCUAGGCGGUCUUUACGGGUCCUACCCCGGCUACCUCGGUGGAUCUCUGGGUGGUCUUUACGGAUCCUACCCCGGCAGCUUCGGCAGAUCUCUGAGUGGUCUCUUCGGAUCCUACCCCGGUAGCUUCGGCGGAUCUCUGGGUGGUCUCUACGGGUCCUACCCCGGUUACCUUGGUGGAUCUCUGGGUGGUCUUUACGGAUCCUACCCCGGCAGCUUCGGCAGAUCUCUGAGUGGUCUCUUCGGAUCCUACCCCGGUAGCUUCGGCGGAUCUCUGGGUGGUCUCUACGGGUCCUACCCCGGCAGCUUCGGAGGAUCUCUCGGUGGCCUGUUUGGAUCCUACCCCGGCCGCUUCGGCGGAUCUCUUGGUGGUCUCUUCGGAUCCUACCCCGGCCGCUUCGGUGGAUCUCUGGGUGGUCUCUUCGGAUCCUACCCCGGUAGCUUCGGCGGAUCUCUGAGCGGUCUCUACGGAUCCUACCCCGGCCGCUUCGGUGGAUCUCUGGGUGGCCUCUUCGGAUCCUACCCCGGUAGCUUCGGCGGAUCUCUGGGUGGCCUCUACGGUUCCUACCCUGGCAGCUUCGGCGGAUCUCUGGGUGGCCUCUACGGUUCCUACCCUGGCAGCUUCGGCGGAUCUCUGGGUGGCCUCUACGGAUCCUACCCCGGAAGCUAUGGCGGAUCUUUCGGUGGACUCUUCGGACCCUACCCCGGCCUUGCCCAUGGUCCUAUUUCCAGCCUCUUCGGAAGAGGAGCCUAUCCUGGUUUCUAUGGAGCUACCUCACUGAACCUCCUUGGCCCCCGUCACUUUGGCGUGUUCGGACGAUUCCCGCCCCCACCCGGCCUCGGCGCCGUUGAGCGCAGGGGACAAUUCAACCCAUACCCCGCUGACAUCCGCGUCACCUCUGACCCUGUAACUGGCCACCCCAUGGUCCAGGGUGUCUACUAUGGCCUCCUGCGCGAACGCAUCGUGCCUGUGCCAGUCCCGGUUCCACAGGACGUCCCAUACCCAGUACCAUACCCAGUACCGCAGCCAUACCCAGUCCAACGGCCAAUCCCUCACCCAGUCCCAUACCCUGUUGCACAGCCAGUGCCAGUCCACACUAAUACCGAAGUGCACAAGACCGACGUCGUGGCCAAGACCGAGCGUGGCCCAGUUCUCCUCGACCAAGCCAUCACUGACGUCCGAUCAAACCGAGUCAACUAAACAUCCUCCGAAGACCAAGGCACUUUAGUUCACUCAACAGAUCGGCUAUCAACUAUGUAUUUGAAAUAAACCAAAUUCUAUCUCAUGAA